AUGGAAUUUGCGCAAAUCAUUGGGCUAACUGCAUCAAUUCGUCAAUAUAAACAAACAUUGUGGAACUUUACAAUUUCUAAAAAUUGGUUUACCGAAGGUCUGGUCCAGGGAUCGCUGCUAUUAUACGAUCUGAUUGGAAUAGGCGAAGAGAUUCAAUUUGCGAUCAAUCAUUACUUCAAAACAUAUAAUAUGACUUUAUAUGAAGAUAAGGACUUAUCAUCACACAAAAAGACGAAGAGUUUCAAAUUUUUCACUACUAUAAAUGACGCGUCUAGUUUUAGUGAAAAAUUAUUUAAAUGUUUAUUGCCAGUAACAAACAGGAGAAAUCCAACGUCAUUCAAUCUCGAUCGAACUCUUGUAAAUUUAGCGAAAGAUUCACCCGACAACACUGUGAAAUCAUUUAAGUUUCGUUUAGAUCAAGCAUUUAUCCGUUCUGCACCAAGUAACGGCACAACCAGUGAACAAUUGUACAUGUUGCUAUGUCAUUCACUUGUUGAAAGGGCCAGUCAUUACGGCAUUUGUAUCAAAGAAUUACGACAUUUCGUGACUUGUGUAUCAUCAUCAUCGAGAGAUCAACACUCGUACGAAGCAAUCGGUUAUCAUAGAUUUUUUAUCAAACCAUGGUUAACCGUUAUUGAAAAUUUAAGUGGAUGUAAGAUUGAUAUUGGCAACGCAAGCAUUAACUGCCAGUUCUAUCGAAGACUGCCGAAAACUACAAUGCAGCAAGUGAAAUAUAUUUACGAAAAAAUUUUAGAUGAACGGAUACCUAGACGAUCGCCGCUUUAUCGUAUCGCGAAUAAACUCGGGAAUAUUCUCUCGAGAAGCGAAUGGGGAAGACAAUUAACGUAUGAUGUGUAUCAGUAUUUUGCAAUUUACCAGGAAGGCCACAGGAAGUUAUAUACGCUUUCGAAAAAUGCCGCUAGGGAUAAGAGAGUGGCUGUGAGAUACAAAAAGAUGUCUGUAUCAUUAAAUAUAUAUAAGAAUGGUAUAUUAAAGGAAACGAUGCUUGCUGUUAGAAACUUUCAUCGUUUUGCAUUAAAAGUGCAACAAUUUCUUAUUCGUGGUAUUAGAAGUUCUUUCAAGGAAUCGUGGCAGAAUCAUUUUAACAUUCUCUCCUGCUUGUCUAAAUGGAUGAUGAAACUUUUGGAAUUAUUUGGAUGUACAAAUUUAAAUGAAACAGAAAUCGAAAUAUCAACCUCUACUGAUAUUUCGUUAGUUGAUAUAACAGAUUCAGAUAAUGUAAGUGAGGAGGAAUUUGACGAAAACAACCACAUGAAACAUCUCAUAAAAUAUUCUAAGAGAAAUCAAAUAAGAAAGGAGGCCGAUAAUAUUUUUGGAAAACUAAUGAAUUUAAUGAAUCGUGUAAAUAAAGUGCGAAGCCGAAAUCACAUGAGUACUUUAGCAUGUUUGGCAAAUAACUUGCUAUUGGUUACUAUGUUCAUGGAAACAAUCAGUUUUGUUUCUACAUUAUUUUGUUUGGGAGAGCAUACAGACGAUUCUAAUCUCGAAGAAUUGGCGGAAUAUCCACCACCUGAACAUGAAUAUAGAUGAUUAGUCUCAGUACCGUCGCAAUAUUAUGUACGGGCUGGAUCUAAUAAAAUGGAUACAGGAGGAUCUUUACAUAGAGUGACGAACAUUCACGUAUAUAACGAUACAUAUCACUCUUGGUUCUUGGGAUUAUUUCAUCACGAUAUUGCACUUCUCGAAGUGAAACCACCGUUUCGUUUUUCAAGAACAGUCUGGCCAGUUCGUUUACCAAGAUCCCCUCACGAAAUACCAUUAGAACUAUUAGUCUGUGGUUGGGGAUACAUAAAUAAUGAAAAGGUAAAGAAUGCUGAAACUCUAAUGGGCGUUUACAUUCGACACAUUCCAUAUGAAACCUGUAUUAAUGCCACUUCUUCAUACGCGACACUCGUCAAAGAUGACUAUCAUUUGUGUUACGGAACCCAAGGAAAAGACGCUUGUUUCGGAGACUCUGGAGGAGCAUUAGCCAGUAGAAGGACAAUUUACGGCAUUGUGUCUUUUGGUCGUGGUUGUGGAAAAGUGACUGGCGUUUACGUUAAAGUUUCGUAUUAUCGAGAAUGGAUUAAAGCUGUUAUGAAUUUAUGA